AGAUUACGUUGGUAGAGUGUGGGAACGUAUGUUGUUGGGAGGAGAUCCCAACUCAUAUGUUACAAUGAAUUGACAACCUGGUGGGUCCCAGAUUUGUGGUUUUUCUCCUCCUCCUCCCGCCUUCCGCCGCUCCGACGUCUCAUACUCUCAUUUACGUCCAUAGACAGAUCGCCACUCGCAAGUAGUAACAGCCGUACAAACAGAUAGACAUAGAGAAAGAAAGGAAUACAGAGACAAGAGAUGAGGAACCGAAAUUCUUCGUCAUCGGCGGCGGGUCUGAAGAGAGGGCCCUGGACGCAGGAGGAGGACGAGCUUUUGUCCAGUUACAUAAAGCGAGAAGGGGAGGGACGGUGGCGGACGCUGCCGAAGCGGGCGGGUCUGCUUCGUUGUGGAAAAAGCUGCCGCCUCCGGUGGAUGAAUUAUCUCCGACCCUCCAUUAAGCGAGGCCAGAUCGCGCCUGACGAGGAGGAUCUCAUUCUUCGUCUGCACCGUCUCCUCGGCAACAGAUGGUCUUUAAUUGCUGGGAGGAUCCCAGGACGUACAGACAACGAGAUCAAGAACUACUGGAAUACACAUCUUAGUAAGAAGUUGAUCAGCCAAGGAAUAGAUCCCAGAACCCACAAGCCACUGAACCCUAACCCUAACUCCUCGGAGGAGAAUAUCAACCCUCCUCCUCCUCCUCCUGCAUCAAGACCUCACCCCAAUCCAGAACCACGAGUCUGCGGUGGUGCAACUACGACUUACAAGGGUAAGAUGCAUUUCACAGAGAUGAAUCUGGAUCAGGACCAAAGUCGGAAAGUGGGAAAAGGCGAAGAGAACCGGACGAACUCUGAUGGCUUCAUGAUCGGCAGCAGACACGGGAACAACAACGAAGAAGACGAUAUUGAUUGCUCCACUGAUGAAGUCUUCUCUUCCUUCUUAAAUUCUUUAAUAAACGAGGACAUGCUUGGGAAUCAACAAUAACAUAGCAGCUUCAGAAGCUGCAAUUAAUCUGGUCAUCUGAUUGCA